AUGGGGAAUGGACAUAGUGCCCAAGAUGAAUACCUUCUUGAGGCUAUCCUUACUAAUCAAGAAGCUGAAGUCUCAAAUAUCUUGACUAAAGAUAGUACCAGAGUCAAUGCACCUCUUCUUAAUGGAAUGACAAACCCAAUUUGAAGAGCAGCUUAUCUUGGUAAGCGGAACAUGGUUGCACUCAUACUCAAGCAUCAAGGAGAUAUCAACCUCAAGUGAGGAGGGAAAGGCAAUACUCCGCUUAUGUGGUCAGCAUGGAGGAACAAUGUCAAGAUGGUUCAGUUCUUGGUCUCUCAAGGUGCAGACAUAGAAGCCACCAACAAUGAAGGCCUGAAUGCUCUUGAUGUUGCCAUUGUCAGAGUCUCAUACGCAACAGCUUUGUUCUUAAAGAAACAAGGCCUUUCACCGAAGCCUGCAGAGUUUUAUGAAGACAAACUCCAAGUCAAGUUUGAUGUUGAAUUGUUCAUUGAGAAGCUAGAGAAUGAAGAACAAGUCCACAGUUUCAAUAUUUUCUACAAGAAAAUUGAGCGAGAAGAGCAAGAAUGGCUGUCCAAAGACCUUGUCAUCGACCCCAGAGAAACAUGGAAGAAAUGGCUGACACGCAACAUGAACUUUGAAGAGCCUCCAAUGGUACCUCGAGAAGAUAUCCCUGAGGACAACCAGCCUCACACAACGUUCUAUGGCAAAAUGACAUGCUACUUGAACGGAAUCAACCCGUACCCACCUGGCCACAAGAAUAACCCAGCAAAGACAAACGACACCGUGGAUGCCCUAGAUAAAAGCAAAGUGAAAGAGCCCGACCAAGAGCUGGGAAGGAACAGAGAGGAGAAUAAAGAAGAUGACUUGGCUAUCGAAGACAUCAAAUAG